ACGCGACCCUACGCCGCGGCCGCGGACGCCGCGCGCGCGACGGCGCCGCGGCGCGAGCUCGGCGCGGUGUACAACGAUUGGACCAAGGACGAGGUGCGGGCGCUGUACGCGCGACCGCUGCUGGAGCUGGUGUUCGACGCGGCGAAGACGCAUCGCAUGCACCACGACCCGAGGCAGGUGCAGCAGUGCACGCUGCUGAGCAUCAAGACGGGAGGGUGCCCGGAGACGUGUAAUUACUGCGCGCAGAGCUCGUCGUGGAAGGGGGAGACGAAAUUGAAGGCGGAAAAACUGAUGGGCGUCGAAGAGGUGAUCGAGGCGGCGAAGAGGGCGAAGGAGGCGGGGAGCACGAGGUUUUGCAUGGGGACGGCGUGGCGAGGGCCGAGUCAAGUCGGCGCGGGACAGUUUGAACGCGUCCUGGAGAUGACGAAGGAGGUGAGGGACAUGGGGAUGGAGGUGUGCGCGACGCUGGGGAUGUUGACCCCGGAACAAGCGCUGAAGCUCAAGGAUGCGGGGUUGACGGCGUAUAAUCAUAACUUGGAUACGAGUCCGGAAUAUUACGACAAGGUGACCUCGAGCCGCAAGUACGAGGAUCGGUUGAACACGAUCGCCGCCGUGCGCGAGGCUGGUAUUUCCGUCUGCUGCGGUGGAAUUCUUGGUUUGGGCGAAGAGGAGUCGGAUCGGGCGAGUCUGAUGACGGUGUUGGCGACGCUUCCCGAGCAUCCGGAGAGCGUUCCCAUCAACGCGCUGGUGCCCGUGGAGGGAACGCCGUUCAAGGACAUGACUCCGCCCAGCGGUCUCGAGAUGGUGCGCGCCAUCGCCGUGGCGCGCAUUUUAAUGCCCGCCACCGUCGUUCGAUUGAGCGCCGGGCGUGUGAACAUGAGCCCGGAGACGCAAGCGUUGUGCUUCAUGGCUGGCGCCAACAGCGUCUUCACGGGCGAUAAACUCUUGACCACGCCGAAUAACGAAAAGAGCGAAGAUUCUUUCUUGUUCGAAGAGCUCGGUCUCGAGGGCCGUCCGGCUUUCGUGCCGUACGCAGCGGGCGCGGCUUCGAGCGAUGGAAGCGAGUGGAAACACAUGAAACACGAGUUGUAAUUUUCUGAAUUUCUAUCUGAGAGUUCA